UCAAUUGGCAAAUUUCUUUAUUAUCUUCCCUGCUCUCUCCUUCUCCUACUUCAUUUCACCCUUCUCCCCUUCCAAAAACAGCAAACAGACACUAUGAGCAUCUCCACCACACUUCCACUUCUUUUCAUCUUGCUUCCUUGUUUCAUCUUCCACGCAUCAGGUCAUGGUGCAUGCAGAGAACCCCUACGGAUCACUAAUGGUGUUUCUGGUGGCAGAGUAGGGCCACAUCCCUAUUCCAAACUAUGGCCUUUGAAUUUUACCGAUCGAAGACUAGCCAUAGUUUAUCCGGUAAUCCAAAAAUUCAAAUGCACAAUCACAUCCGAUCCUCUGGGAAUCACCAAAACCUGGGUGGGCCCCAAUAUAUGCAAUUACACAGGAUUCUACUGCGACAACCCACCCGACAACAAUUCCGCAAUAGCCCUUGCUUCCGUUGAUUUCAAUGGCUUCCAUCUCGCAGCCCCGACUCUAGAUGGGUUCCUCGAUCAGCUCCCUGAUCUUGCUGUGUUUCAUGCCAAUUCCAACAACUUCACCGGUAUUCUGUCUCCCAACAUCGCUAAACUUCCAUAUUUCUUCGAGCUUGACAUAAGUAAUAACCAGUUUUCCGGUCAGUUUCCGACAGCCGUAGUCGGAGUAAAUGGGCUGGAGUUCCUAGACCUUCGGUUUAAUUCCUUUAAAGGGUCGGUCCCUGCUCAGAUAUUUGCACAGAAUCUCUAUGCUCUGUUCAUCAACAACAACGAUUUCAUUAUCCAGCUAUCGGGUACUAUCAGCAUGACCAAAAUCCGUUACCUCACCUUCGCCAACAACCAAUUCAACGGCACACUUCCGGAGAACAUUUUCAAAGCUCUGUCUUCUUUAACCGAAGUCCUUUUCUUAAACGACGGGUUAAAAGGCUGUCUGCCAUACGAAGUUGGAUUCUUAAAAGAGGCAGUCGUGGUUGAUUUCGGAAACAACCAGUUGACUGGUCCUCUUCCAUUAUCGUUAGCCUGUCUGGAUAAGGUGGAGGAGUUGAACUUCGCCGGAAACCUUCUGUACGGGAUUGUACCCGAGGUGGUGUGCGGAUUGAAAAAUCUAGCAAAUUUAUCGUUGUCUAAUAAUUAUUUUACGUUUGUUGGGCCUGUGUGUUGGUUUCAAAUCAAAAAAGGAGUGCUUGAUGUUAGGAACAACUGCAUUCCGCAUCUUCCGUUCCAGAGACCAAUACAUGAAUGUGUAGAGUUCUUUCUCCAUCCGAGGUUCUGUCCUAAGACGUGGCAUGAUUACAUUCCUUGUAAGCCUCUUCACUUUGUUCCUUCAAUUACUGAAAUGGCUGGUUCACCUUAAUCUCUUACUCUGUUUUGCUCUGGGUUUUUCUCUUCACUCUACCUUAAUUUGAAUGCCUUCAUCAUCAGUAAUGUGUAAUUCUUUUACUUAAAUGAAAUGAAUUAAUGUCUGCUUUUAUUAAGUUAUAACAACCAAAACAAUCCCACAAAUUGUAGAAGACAAAUCAAUGAGAUGGAACUUUUCUAAUAAAAUUGGAUUAGAAUG